AUGACUUGGAGUCCUUCCUCUUUGUUGAUAGCACUGGCUGCCGUCACUCUCCAUGGCGUGACCGCCUCCACCGAAGCGUCCGAAGCUUGUGCCUACUGCGGCAACGACCAGAGCGGCCCCAACUGCUGCGUCUCCGGAAACUACUGCCAGCCGUGGAACCCGACCUACUACCAGCCGGCCAACGCCCGCCAGCUCCCCGACGACUGCUGCAACCGGUGCGCCAGUACUUCGGGCUGUGCCGCGUACACGUUCGUGAACAAUGGCUGGGAUGGCCAGCCGCACUGCUACCUCAAGCGCGGCACGGGCACGAGGAAGAAGGCCGUGGGGGCCGUGUCCGCCGUCGUGUCUUCCUCCUCCUCCUCGAGGCCUCGCGCUACGAACACGACAGACGGCGGCCACAUCCAGGUCCAGAUCCGCAGCGGAGCCGUGCAGUCCAAGGCCGUCAACCUGGGCGGCUGGCUCUUGACGGAGCACUGGAUCACGUGGGAGUCUGCGCUGUGGAACGGCAUCUCGGCGGACGAAGACCACAAGGGCGAGUACCACACGAUGCAGCUCCAGGGCAAGGAGAAGGGCACGGCGGCGUUCGAGCAGCACCGCAAGACGUGGAUCACCGAGGCCGACAUCAAGGAGAUCGCCGAGACUGGCGUGCUCAACACCGUGCGCGUCCCCGUGGGCCACUGGAUCAUCCGCGACGCCACCACUGCGCCCGGAACCGAGGGCGACAUGUACGCGCGCGGCGGCCUCAAGUACCUGGACGCGCUCAUCAACAACUGGGCCGUCAAGUACAACGUCGCCGUCAUGAUCAGCCUCCACGCGCACCAGGGCAGCCAGAACGGCAUCGAGCACAGCGCCCCCGUGACGCUGGGCAACGUGGGCUGGAGCACGUCGCAGACCAACGUGGACAACUCGCUCAAGUUCGCGACGUUCCUCGCGGCGCGGUACAAGAACAGCCCGGCGUUCCUGGGCUUGAACCUCAUGAACGAGCCCGUGCCGCCCGUGGACGGCAACGUGCUGCGGAACUACUACAUCCAGGCGUACAAGCAGAUCCGAGCCACGGGCAACGACUGCAUCCGGCUGGUGACCCCGUUCCUGAGCGAGCAGGACCCGGAGCACCUCAAGGGCAUGAUCGGCGCCCCCGAGUACACGAACGCCUGGACCGAGAUCCACGCCUACUUCAUCUGGGGCUACGAGGGCAAGACGGAGGAGCAGGUGCUCGCGCCACCUCAAGGCGGCGCCUACCAAGAACCGCUCUUCCUGGGCGAGUGGUGCAUGGGCGACCCGCCCGACUCGAGGGGCAUCUUCCAGAACAUCGACAACUUCCGCGAGCUGGGCCGCAAGCAGCUCGCCUACUACAACGCCGACACGACCGGCGGCUGGGCCUUCUGGACGUGGCGCAACUCGGACGAGACGGUCAAGCGCACGGGAUGGUCCAUGCGCUACCUCAUCCGGAACGGAUACCUCAAGCUGACUGCCUAA